AUGGCUACAGUAAAUGAUUCAAUUGAUGAUUCAUCCUCAGUCCAAGGAGCCUCCUUCUCAAUGACCCACAAAGUAUCUGGAAAUAAAGACAAAAUCUUCAAAUCUUUUGACAAGUACCGUAAGGAGUUAAGAGCUCGUUCAUUGACGAUACCAUUAAUUCUGCUACUCGUGUAUAUUUCAUCAAUACCAGUUUGCAAUCAUAUCUUACUUAAUAUAGCAAAUGACAUAUCCAUUCCUCUGAACAGCUCAUGCUAUGUGAAUCACCAUGAUGGUCCACUAGCUUUUGGUAUAGGGACUAUAAUACUGAAUGCUAUUGGUUUCUUCAUUCCUUUCUGUGGCUGGUUAUCAGACACUAAGAUUGGUCGUGGUAAUGCUAUUUAUCUCAGUCUAUGGCUUGGCUGGAUAGGCACUCUACUAAGGUCCAUUGGAUGCUGUUUGCAAUACAAUUCCUGUGGCACUGCUGCUCUCAUAGGAAGAUACGCCUUUUCCAGCAUAGCUAUUAUCUUUCUCUUUGUCUCACUGGCACUCAUGGCUACCAAUAUAAUAGCAUAUGGUAUGGAUCAGAUGAUGACUGUGCCUAGUGUUAAAAUACGAACAUUCAUUCACUGGACUGUAUGGGAUUAUUAUUUUUGUGACAAUGCAAUUGCCUAUACUGAUUCUCUUCCAAGUGCAGACUACCAGACAGGUGCUCUCAGUAUUGCAGUGACAGGAUUUUCCCUGUUGUCUGUUUCUCUUUGUCUUCAUUUUUUCCUCAGUCAUCAUUUUGAGCACAUACCCAUUCCUAAUCCUUAUAGAAUUGUAUUUAAAGUGUUGAAGUUUUUUCUUCAAAAUAAUGGAAGACAGCAGCGUAGUGCAUUCACAUACUGGGGAGAGGAGCCCAGUAGAAUGGAUCUUGCUAAGGAGAGGUAUGGUGGUUCAUUUACUCAUGAAGAGGUAGAAAAUGUGAAGACUUUUUUACGUAUUGUAGCUGUUUUGUUUGCGUUAUUUCCUUUCUUUAUCAUUUCAAAUCCUUUUAUGUAUGGAAUAUCAAGACUUGUACCUCAGUAUAAGAAUGGUGAUGUUGGCCUACAAAGAUAUGCCAUUCGUGUGGUUGGUUAUGGUAUUCUACUGGCUCUAAUUCCACUAUUUGAGCUGAUUAUUUUGCCUCUCUUCCCCAAACUGGAGUACUUUCUUAUUAAUCCACUGAGAGGACUUGGCGUGGCUUAUAUUUUUGUCAUAUUCUCAAUUCUAAGUUUAUUCUUCAUUGAUUUGAUUGGCAGAGUUACUAGUAAGCCAAUUGACAUACCUUGCUUCACUGUAUGGGAAACAAGUGACUCAGCAGUUCAGAUAUCCUAUUGGAUACUACUCAUCCCAUCACUACUAACUGGUACAUCAUUAGUUCUACUCUGGAUAUGCUUUUUUGAGUUCCUGUGUAGUCAAGCUCCUUUUGGUAUGCAUGGAAUGAUCAUUGGAUUAUUCUGGUUUUUACGUAACAUCUUUUUUGACAUUGGCUCGGGUAUAACUUUAUCAUUUCGAUUCUUCACGUUCAGCUCAACAUCAGUUAUAUCCUGUACUUCUUGGUUUACUAUUGUGUUUGGUCUCAUUGCUGUGGUUGGGUUAGUAGUGUAUGUGUUAGUAGCUCGAUGGUAUGUUAAGAGGGUCAGAGAUACUGAUCUUGGACUACGCACUGCAAUAGAGGACAAUUUUGAGCAGAGACUGGCUAGGGAAAAUUCUUUUAUAAUGAAAAACACAAAUACAAUUAAACCAAUUAAUUGUGAGUGA